AUGAGUAGUGGUGCCUCGCUGGCCAGGUCUGUGGACGCCUUGCAAGCGUUGGUCGCUCAGCUCACCGAGCGCAUCUCCUUCCUUGAAGGGCGAGUGGCUGCUCUCGAGCGUGAGAGGGCGGAAUCUUCUUGGGACGCCGUCUCAGAGGCGCCGCCUAGCUCUGCGCCUUUUCCCGUGGACACCACCCAUCCUUCUUCCUCAGCACCGCCUUCUGCGCCUGCUGCAGCUCCUUUUCUGUUGGGCCCCCGCCUAGGUCCCAGCCUGUGCACAGCGCGCGUCGAUCCUGCGGACACUGUGGGCCGCCGAGUGCUAGCUCAGGAGCUAGGUGCAUUUGUUCGCCGAGCUCUCUCCGGGGAGCACCUGCAAGCAUCCGGGCGUGCCCGCCUCAAUCUGCGCAGCCGCCUCUACCUGGUCUUUGCCGAUUUCGAGGGUGCUCUUGUCGUUGCCGUCCCUCAAAGCGUGUGGCAUCGCAGGGCCGCCGGCCGCUUGCUCGCAAAGGGGUCCCUCCUCCGGCCUCAUCAAGUUGAAGUGGCAGCCGUUCUUGAGGAGGGUGCUUCUCCGCACUCAGUGUUGACCGUUAAGCUUUGGCUCGCGGUUCUCGAUUCUCAGCUUGAAAGCAUAUUUGAAGAGUGUGUGGGGCCCGACGCCCCUGUGCAUGACUUUGUGGCCGCUUCCUCUAGUGUUCCUGUCCGGCCGGACGUGGACGGCCUUAUUGCUGCCGCCGACAACCUUUUUCAAUUUGUUUCUGCUGCCGAGGGCCCUCCUGGAUUUGAAGCCCCGCCUCCCGCACAGCCAUGGGAGCAGCACGUCAGCAGCUUAGAGUCUUCUCUUGCAUCUAUCCAGGCCUCUUUGGCCCAGCUUGUGAGCUCCUGGGCCCACUGGGCCGCAACAGCCAUCUACCCCUCUGCUCCGCCUCCAGGUUUAGCAUCGGCUCCGGCCCUCCCAAGCAGAAGCUACUAUAGCCAGGAUGGGCGCUCUCGCGACGUCCUCUCGAAUGGGCGAUGCACCCGCCGUCUCUGCUCGGCAGGUCCCCGAAGCAAGACCAGGAAUCCUCUGUCCAAGUCCGAGGAGGAGGCGGAGGACGAAGGCUUCGAUCCCUCUAUAUACCCCUGCAGUGGAGAGGGCGGUCGUUCAGCUCACGCGUGUUGUAAAGAGCCCAGCUGGCGACAAGGGCGCUCAAAAGCCGCAGCCUACCGCAAGCUCCGCACGUGCCUUCGCGAUGCUCCUGCUCUUCUCUACGAAGCUGUGGAAGAGUUCAUGGCAGAGGAUUUCCCAGUCUCGACUCGAGGCUGGGUCGAACACCGGAGUCGUUUAGGGCCCUAUCCGGCCUCUAUUCGCGCCAUGUGGAUUCUGGGCGCAGUGCACGACUGCCUCCAGCCGGCCUCUAUUCGCCGCGCCAUGUGGAUUCUGGGCGCAGUGCACGACUGCCUCAAGGAGAACAGAGUCGAGGAGGCUCGAGCGAGGGUCGCUCUUGCGCUGUGCGCUUAUACGACCAAAGCGCUGCCGACAACGGCAAUUGGCUCCUUUCACAAGACUUCUUCUAGAACAAGCUCCUCCGUGUGCCUCUUUCACAAUCGCGUCGGCAGCGGCAACGACGCCGGCGAUGUUUUGCAUACGCGGCUUGCAGACCCAAGAUGGAUCGAAAUCCUUAUGGCGCGACUGCGGGACCAAGAGGCGAAGCAACGUCCAAGAGGCGGCAGCAGGCGCCCAGCUCCGAAGACCCUCCAGGACCCAGCGAAGCUCCCAAAGGCAAUCCGAGGCGAGGGGCGGCGCCAAGGGCCGAGAAGCAGCGCUCCACAGGCUUGGAACUCCUACCCAGAGGUGGAAGCGGCCGACAUGGGUCGCGGCACCGUCAAGGUGGAGGGCAUUGCCAAGGUGUUAGCCCAGUUGCAGUUGCUCUUCGGUCCUACCGCGGGACCUGCCGAAGCGGCCUCCUUGCAAAGGGGAUCUCGGUGCGCGUUGGAGGAUCGGAUGCUGGACGAGGGCGGGCCCGAGCUGGAAGGCAUCGCCGUUUGCCCUUGCUUGUCUACGCUCGCCAUGGGUGACAAGCGCGCUGUAGCUUAUGGCCAAGCCUCUCACCUCAGUGUGGCCCUUCGCGGUCCCUUUGUCCGACGACGGGUCAGGAGUCAGGAGCCCCUAGCUUGCAGCGAGAAGAGGCCGAACGUAAGAUGUGGGCGCUGCGCCACGCUUGCCUUGCGGCCGGCUUGCCGCGUCGCCCGGACAAGGCCGUCUGGGGACUUUCCGAAGCCGAAGUGUGGGGAUCCGAAAUUCCAGGCAGGCAAGGGGUCGUGCGCCCUAACUUGGUCCAUUCCUUUGAUCUGGUGCGUUGCCGAGAUGCUGUCUUUGCAGCGGGCCUCCGUCAAGCUUUUGGAGGUACUUGCAGGCUCCUUUGUGUCGGAAUUGGUGAUUGCCUGCGCCCUGGUUCCUUUGGCCUUUCUUGACGUCCGGGCUCCUGCUGCCCCUGUGCUGGUCGCCUCUGACGCGAGUGUUAUCGGCGCACCUUGCAGCGUGGGCUCUGGUCUCGCCUCCUUCGCCCUUUACCGGCUUACCUGCGAGCCAAGGGAGAGCCCUCUGCCUCCCACUUCUGGCCGUCCUGUGCCGCUCUCCGCUGAUGCAAGCGUCGGGGGUGAGGACAUCGUUCCGGAUUGCUUGCCUUCCGCCGUAGCAUCUCUGCCCAGUGAGGCCGACGGGGCCAUCGCAGUGCCGUUGCUGAUCGCCCGCGCUCUGCCGCAGCUGACUUGCUGUGCCCGAAAUUCUGGCUUGCUCCCGCGGUCCUUCAAUGCCUUGCCCAAGCCUGGACUUCCGCAGGAGGUUCGCUUCUCUGGGAGCCGCCAUCGCCUCAGGCCCAGGCUGCAUUGA